UUAAUAAAUUAUUCGGAUAAUCCACAGCCAAGCAGAUGCCUUUUAGUCUUUGGUUUAAGUUCACAAACCCGGGAGCAGGACUUAAUACUCGUCUUUUCAAGAUACAGUCCUCUGGAAAAUGUCCAAGUGAUAUAUGAUGUACAGACUGGAAGAUCACAUGGAUUUGCAUUUGUUUAUUUUAAAAAUUUAGAGGAUUCACAAAUGGCAAGAGAGAGAUGCAAUGGGCUGGAAAUCGACGGUUUUAAAGUAACAGUAGAAUAUUCUAUUACUCAAGCCCACAUGAGAGGACCAACUUUUCGUGGAUACGGUGGCAGUGAUGAUGAUGCAGGAGGAAGUAGAGGUGGAGGUUACAGAGGAAGGUCUCCUUCCCACUAUCAAUUUUAGUCAAAGAUAUUCCCGCUCCUAUUCACCCCAUAAGUACGGCUACUACUGAGGGCAAAAGGAGGUCACAAGACAGAAAAAUAAGAAGAUGAAGAGUAUUUAUCCUCACGUUGGUGAAGAUAGAAAAUGUAAAUUAGAAUAUAAAUGAAACCAUGUAAGUAAUUGAAGAAACAAGUUAGGCAUUUGAAGCAUUCAAAUACAGAAGCAAAUAGAAGAGCACAUGGAAAAUUUAAUAGCUGACAAUCAAGACUUAGAGAAAAAAGAAAA